AUGGCUACAGGAAAAUAUCUCCCGUGGAGAAUAUAUAGUUUAUUAUUUAGCAGUAGAAGAAGUCAUUUCGAGAUCCACGGAGUCAAAUCUCAUUUUCUAGAUCUCUACAACCUAACACAUGAGAAGCAAUACAUGACCUUUUUCGUUUCAUCGAGAGUUGAAAUAUCUCAAGAGUUCUACAGAGUGGUUGCUGAUCUGUUCUUCAAAAGACCAGUCCCAUAUGAAUCUCUGGAUGUUAUAAUGAGGAUAGGUUAUGUUGGCAACAAAUCAGCCAGCUUGUAUUCCUGCUUAGAAUAUGAUAAAUUCAACUACAAAACCCAUAAGCCUGGCAGACAGAAAUCUAUCGAUUGUAUCAAAAUUGGUAAGGGAAAGGACAAUGAAAAAGAGUUGGGCCAAGAUUCUUCUCAUCAUUCCAUACUAGCUAGUAAUAUAACUUCUAUGGUGUUUAUGGAUGGCGUUACUAGACAAUCAGAAAAACCUCCUCAGUGGUGGAUUGAUAAGUACAAAUACAGAUCUGAUGAUAGACUUAAACUCGUUAAUCAAAAGUUUUCAAUUCCUCAAGAUAAGAACGUUUUUAGGCAUCCGGUUAGAAUUUUAUACAAUGAUAUAGACUUCUAUAACCACACAAAUUACAAAUCGUACGUUUGCUACUGUUUUGAGAUUGCCAAUCAGGCUGUCAAUCAUAAAUUUUUUCUCGAUGGUUUCAACAGCAGUGGAGACAUACUAAAUAGGGAGGUCAAACUAAUUGAGGUGUCCUAUUUUGGGGAGAGUGUGCCAGACGACGUGCUUGAAGUUAGCAUGUGGAUUGAUCCAAAUGAUGAAAACGUUUUGAAGUUUUCGUUCGAUCGUUUGAAGGAUACAGAACGAUAUAAGGCUGGUCUUGUCUGCCAGGCUACUGUUGGCUUCCAUCCAACGCUACUACCUUCAUGA